CGCUGUGGUCCUUUAGUGCUAGUGUCGACAGAACCGUGUGCUUGUGCUAGUCGUGCGGUGCUGUGAUCGUUCCCCGUUUUGAUUACUUCUCUCUUUCUAUUGUUUUGAUCGGUCAGUGCCGGCAAGGCAAACGGUCAACUACGGCGUCGUGCGUGCUUCAAACGCAUUCUUCCCAAUGUCAAGGGAUGGACACUACUUUUUAUGAAGAUUCUCGUUUUCGUGCUAAAGAAGAAAUGAUGAUGAAGAGACCUAUGACAUUGGACUUGGGCGCUAAGAGCCCCAAAAGACAUAAAGUCAAUCAUUUACUUACAUCUCCUGAUCUGAACAUGCUAAAGCUGGGUUCUCCGGAAUUAGAAAAGCUGAUCAUGGCCCAGCAUUCCAGCCUAGUCGGUUCAACGCAAAAUCAGUGCAUGUAUCCCACCAAAGCAGAAGAGCGGGAACAGCAAUAUUCCAGAGAUUUCACCGAUGCCUUAAACACUCUACAACAUGUGACGUCCACCAAUAAUCUCAAUGUGGCCUUAUAUCAACAACCUCAGCAGCAAUCCAUCCAUACUGAUAUGAAUUUAGUAAAUGUAAGCAAUGCGUCUAACAAUCCCAGUUGCAACAUCAUGCCUCCUUCCUCCAUACCUUGCUCCACUAAUAUGGUGGAUUCGUAUGAAUAUCAACAGCCUCUCUCCUCCAUCAACAUGAAUUGCAAUCCCAUGGUGUCGUCCACAAUGAAUUCAAACUGUUAUGCCUCUAAUGGCUACUACAGCCAUGAGCCUAUCGUCUCCAUCAAAGAGGAGCCGCAGACCGUCCCUUGUAUGGGAGGUACACCCCCGCAGUCACCCAUCGACAUGGAAGACCAGGAGAGGCUCAAAUUGGAGAGGAAGAGGCUGAGGAAUCGCAUCGCGGCCAGCAAGUGCAGGCGGAGGAAGCUGGAACGAAUCGCCAGGCUCGAAGACAAAGUCGCGCACCUCAAAAGUGAAAACGCUGAACUCGUGAAUAAUGUGACAAGGCUACGUGAAUGUGUCUGUCAUUUGAAACAGCAAGUGUUGGACCAUGUGCGAAAUGGCUGUGAAAUUGUAUUUUCCCCUUAUGUUGCGGAGUUGUGAGUCGUAAUUGGAAUUGUAAGUAAAUAAUUAUGUGAUUUUUUUUAUAUAUUUUUCUUAUAAGAGAUGUGAUGUUUAUAAAUAAGACAUAGACCACCUUUCUUUUGUAUUUAUAAAAACCAUUUGCGAACCUGUGUUUUGAAGAAUGAUUGCUUAGUUCUCAUUUUCUACUGUAUCUUGACAUUUGGUUUGAUCAUUACUGAAUAAGGAUGAAAAAAUAUUUUUGAGUCAAAUCUAGGUUCUCUUAAAAUCAAUCCAUAUUUUACCUUGUUUAUUUUGUAUUGAUUAUAAUAUCGUUAGAAGAGUGAACAUUUAAAGUGUGCCAGUUUAUAUACAAACAAAUCCUUUGUUGCCCAGCUAUGAAAAUUAAAAAUUUUAUGCAUGGCAGUCCAUAUGUUUGUAACAUAUCUAUCCAAUCUUAUAAUAUUCAUAUGAAAAUGUAAUAAUAUUUUGUAAAAUUUGACUAAGUAUUGAGUAGAUAUUUGCAAACUGUUUUAACAUCUAAAUAUGAAACUUCCAAUUGCGGUAAUUCGUUAUCAAGACUGUUAAUUUAUUUAAUUGCGGGUUUCAUUACUUUUUAGAUGUGAUACUGAUAAAAUAUAUUUCAGAAAAGGAAUAUCUUGUAAUAAUUUACGUGUUAGCGAGAUUUUUCUUUUUUAGUUAAGUUAAAAGUUUGUGUAUAAUAGAUGAAUAAAUUAAUUCAUAUUGUCUCUUUGUAAUUGAAGGCUUCAAAAUAGAUUAUUCGUACUGAACAGAGACCUUAAUACAAAAAAUAUUUUAAGGAAUAUUACUGUGAUUGUGUAGAUCUGUAAACACUAUUUUUAGAAACUAUAAACAUAUUUUUCUAAUAAUUUUUAGAAAUGUAUAUAAACAUAUAUCUGUCUAUUCCAUCCACAGUAACUUAUUCUUCCAAUGUAAUUGUGAAAGUAUACCAGAAAGUGAAAAAUGUAUGAUGUAAUUAAUCAAGAAAUUUAUAGAAUUACAAAACAGAAUGCAAUAAUUGUAAAAAUUAUUAAAAUAUGUGAAUGAGAAGUUAUAUGAAUGCCUUUUAUACCUCUAGAAAUCAGAAUGUGUAUUAUAGAAACAAAAUUAUAUUAUUAAAAAAGAUUAGAUUAUUAAAAAAUUCUUAAUUAUGUGUUUUGUAGAUAUCAAUAUGCCAAGAUUAUCAAUUCUAUUUCUUGUAUAAUUACAGUGUACCU